CAGAGGCAGGCGGACUGUGAACGGGGGAGCUUUCCCGGCGGAAACAACUCCCACACUGGAGGCACCUUUUCAAAAAUGACAGCGGGGAGAACGGAAUGAGACUUGCUGCACUGGAGAUUUAUUUCCCGAAGAAAUAAAAAGGCCAUUUUGGGGAUUUGGAGUAUACCCACGUAAUUUGCUUUCCAUUUCUUUCUUGUAAAGACAGACGCACGGUUAUGGGGGGGAUUUACGUCUGGAUUGUGCAGCACGGGAUAGAAGAUCUGACAAGCAAGGAGAGACCUCUGUGAAGAGGAGCUGCAAAACUGUUUCUCAUCCUUUCCAAGCUGCCAGAGUCCAGUAUAUCAGCCCAUGAUUAGCCUUCCUGUGGCUAGACUGCACGUCUAAGCUAAAGAACAGGAAAGUUGUAUGUUGGUCACUUGCACUCGCUCUCGAGGACCAUGUGGUAUUCACCGAGGAGAAGUCGUACCCUUUUGCAGAACUGGAAUGGACCCCACAGUUGCCCCAGUAUCAUUUUGUAUUUGUGGGUAUUAACAUUUUCCUGGUGCUUUGCGGCAGUGAGAGGCCAAAGCUACCACCCCACUGUCAACACACAGUAUGGCAAACUCCGAGGAGUGAGGGUACCUCUGCCCAGUGAGAUCCUCGGCCCGGUGGACCAAUAUCUCGGGGUGCCAUACGCUACCUCCCCUGUAGGGGAAAAACGCUUCAUGCCCCCUGAACCUCCAUCCUCCUGGUCAGGGAUCAAAAACGCCACCCACUUUUCUCCAGUUUGCCCCCAAAAUAUUCACAACGCCGUACCAGAGAUCAUGAUGCCCAUAUGGUUCACCUACAACCUGGAUAUAGUUACCACUUACAUACAGGAUCAACACGAGGAUUGUCUUUAUCUUAACAUCUAUGUUCCGACAGAGGAUGUCAAAAGAAUAUCCAAGGAAUGUGCCAGGAAACCCAACAAGAAAAUGUGUAGAAAAGGAGGGGCCCAUGCAAAAAAACAGGGUGAGGAUUUAUCGGAUAACGACGGUGAUGAAGACGAAGACAUACGAGACACCGGGGCCAAGCCUGUGAUGGUCUACAUCCACGGGGGAUCCUACAUGGAGGGGACGGGCAACAUGAUUGAUGGCAGCGUCCUGGCGAGCUACGGGAAUGUCAUCGUUAUCACCCUCAACUACCGUGUUGGAGUUCUUGGCUUCCUCAGUACUGGGGACCAGGCUGCUAAAGGGAACUACGGGCUGCUGGAUCAGAUCCAGGCUUUAAGGUGGAUCAGUGAGAACAUCGGCUUCUUUGGAGGAGAUUCUAACCGUAUCACUGUGUUCGGUUCUGGCAUCGGAGCUUCCUGCGUCAGUCUGCUAACCCUUUCCCACCACUCUGAAGGCCUCUUCCACCGAGCCAUCAUUCAGAGCGGCUCAGCGCUGUCCAGCUGGGCGGUGAAUUACCAGCCGGUCAAGUAUACACGUCUUCUGGCGGAGAAGGUGGGCUGUAACGUCUUGGACACAUUAGACAUGGUGGACUGUCUGAGGAAGAAGAGCUCCAGGGAGCUUGUGGAGCAGGACAUACAACCCGCAAGGUACCACGUGUCUUUUGGACCUGUAAUCGAUGGCGACGUCAUACCAGAUGACCCUGAGAUCCUUAUGGAGCAGGGUGAGUUCCUCAACUAUGAUAUAAUGCUGGGGGUCAACCAAGGCGAGGGGCUGCGCUUUGUGGAGAAUGUGGUGGACUCCGAGGACGGUGUCUCUGGAAAUGACUUUGACUUCUCUGUGUCUGACUUUGUGGACAGUCUGUACGGAUACCCGGAGGGUAAAGACACUCUGAGAGAGACCAUUAAAUUCAUGUACACAGACUGGGCAGACAAGGAAAAUCCAGAAACCAGGCGCAAAACGUUGGUGGCUCUGUUCACCGACCACCAGUGGGUGGAGCCCUCUGUUGUAACGGCAGAUCUCCAUGCUCGCUAUGGCUCACCCACCUACUUUUAUGCCUUCUACCACCACUGCCAGAGUCUCAUGAAGCCUGCCUGGUCAGAUGCCGCCCACGGGGAUGAGGUGCCGUAUGUUUUUGGAAUUCCAAUGAUCGGUCCAACUGACCUUUUCCCCUGCAACUUCUCAAAGAACGAUGUCAUGCUCAGUGCUGUGGUAAUGACCUACUGGACCAACUUUGCCAAGACUGGGGAUCCCAACAAACCCGUUCCCCAGGACACAAAGUUCAUCCACACCAAGGCCAACCGCUUUGAGGAAGUUGCAUGGUCCAAGUACAACCCCCAGGACCAGUUGUACCUUCACAUCGGCCUCAAGCCACGGGUCCGCGACCACUACCGAGCCACCAAAGUGGCCUUCUGGAAGCACCUUGUGCCCCAUCUGUACAAUCUUCACGACAUGUUCCACUACACCUCCACCACAACCAAAGUGCCCCCGCCAGAUACAACGCAGAACACCCUGUCCACCAAGAGGCCCAACGGUAAGACCACCUGGCCCUUUAACACCAAGCGGCCCCCCAUGUCGCCGGCCUACAACAGCGAAGACAAAGACUCCUGGAGCGACGACAAGGAGUCUGGGCCUCUAGUGGUGGAGAACCCGCGGGAUUACUCGACAGAGCUCAGUGUCACCAUCGCGGUGGGGGCCUCUCUGCUCUUCCUCAAUGUACUAGCAUUCGCAGCCCUCUACUACCGCAAGGACAAGCGGCGGCAGGAGUCGAGCCACGGCCAGCCCAGCCCGCAGCGCCAGACCACCUCCAACGACAUUGGGCACCACGCGCCCGAGGAGGAGAUCAUGUCGCUGCAGAUGAACCAGACGCACCACGAGUGCGAGGCGGGGAACAGCAACGAGGGGGCGCUGCGCUUGGCCUCGCUACCCGAUUACACGCUCACCCUGCGGCGCUCUCCGGACGACAUUCCCCUUAUGACGCCCAACACCAUUACCAUGAUCCCUAAUUCCCUGGUGGGGAUGCCCAACCUGCACCCUUACAACACAUUCACAACAGGCUUCAACUCCACCGGCCUGCCGCAUUCCCACUCGACCACGCGCGUAUAGCUUUAAGGAGGCCAGAUGAGGAGGUGGAUAGGCAGCGAUGCUGAUGGAGGAGAAGCAAAUGAUUCAACAUAACGGAGCGGAGGAUUGUGUUUUAUAAAUACCACAGAGAUGGGGGAAUGGCAGAUUAAAACGUGAAGAGAUUUAACGAGACUUUUUCUAUGGGGACAGUCGCUGAGAGCUCUCUACGGAUGUGAAGUUGUGCAGAGCUGCCAAAAUCAAACUGCUUUCCUUCUCCUCAUCAG